AUGGAGAAGGCCUGCAUGCUGUGUCGCCGGGUAGAGGCUGACCCGGAUAUCUGCGGGCGCAAAGUGGAGAAAGAAGGGCUCUGUGCCCACGUCUUUUGCCUGUUUUUUGCCAACGGGCUCUUUCAUCAAGGGUCCAGGGAUGGGGUUCCCCUUAAGGAUAUUCGACACACGAUCAAGCGGGCAGCAAAGAAGAGCUGCUUCGUCUGUGGUGAGAACGGGGCCACCAUCACCUGCCGAGAGCCAGACUGUGACCGCAGCUUCCAUCUCCCCUGUGCCAUGGAGGGUGGAUGUGUCAGCCAGUUCUUUGGGCUCUACAGGUCCUUCUGCUGGGAGCAUCGGCCAGAACAGUUAGUGAAGGUGGCCCCGGAGAAGAACACCACCUGCGUCAUCUGCCUGGACCCCGUGGAGGACACAAAGUCGUACAUGACCAUGGUGUGCCCAGCAUGCAAACACGCCUGGUUCCACCGGGGCUGCAUCCAGAAGCAUGCUAUCCACGCUGGCACCCACGGCUUCUGCUGCCCACAGUGCCGCAAUGAAUAUCGAUUUCGGAUGGAAAUGCUGACCAUGGGGAUCCAAAUCCCCAAGAGAGGUCCAUCAUGGGAGGAUGACGAUAACUAUGAGCAGUUAUAUGAGAGGCACAGCCGCUGUGAUGCCAGGGAGUGCCUUUUUCCAGAAGGCAGGGAGCAGGUGGAGGAAGAGGGGCCCUGGGAGCUGCUCCUGUGCAGCUCCUGUGCUGCUGAGGGCACCCACCGGCGCUGCUCCUUCUUGCGGAACACCACGACCCACUGGGAGUGCGACGGCUGUGCAGGCCUGGGCACUGCCUCCAGCGCCAGCUCGGAGAUCACGGGCGCCAGGACUGACAGCCAGGCGGGAUUGGGGCCUUCCCAUGGCUCUCCGGCACCUCAGACCGGCACCGAAAACCAGGAGGCAUCGGGACCAUCCCACGGUCCCCUGGCACCGCAGACCUACAGCCCCGGCACUGAGGGUACGGGGCUGUCCCAUGGCUCCCCAUUACUUGAGGGCAGCAACCGCUCCGGCCCCUCUGGGCCCGACCGCCUGCGAGAGCGCACCCGCAUGCGACGUCGGGCCCAGACACCCUACACCCGGACAAGAAGAUGCCGGGAGAGCAGCCGGGUGCCAGCACCGAGCGCCGAGAGCAGCACCUCCAGCCAGGCAGCGCUGGGGCCGCCCAACAGCUCCACAGCUACCAGAGACCACCAACCCCAGGACAGAAAGCGAGGAGGCAUCAGGACAGUCCCCCACACCAACACUGGAGACCAGCAACUCUGGCACCGAAAGCCACGCAGCUUCAGGACCAUCCCACGGCUCCCUGGCACCGCAGACCAGCAGUGCCAACACUGA